AUGGAGGGAAAACCCAGGGGGAAGAGCUACAAGGAGAUGAUCCAGAAGCAAGCUAAAAAUAUCAAGAAGAUGAGAGAAAGUAGUGCCAGCCUGGAGAGGAAUAGACGCACGGAAUUUCAGAGCCAGAAUGUCCAGCUUGGAAGACAAAUUGCUCAAAAUAGUUCUACCAAGAGAUCCUCCCGGCAAGUUUGUGAUGAAAGUUGUGACUCCUAUGAUCAUGAAGAUACCAAGAAUCAAGAUUUACAGAAUGUCUUGGAUUCAGAUGAUGAGGAUAUUAAGAGACAUCGUGAGAAAAUUAAUCGUAAUUUCAACCAUGAGGAAGAGUCGAGGCAAAGUGACUAUAAUUAUGAGCCUCAGAAACCUACAAGGAAUAUUAACAAGAGAAUGAUGGAUUCCUCUAGUAAUGAUACUGACGAGGAAUCCACACCAGUCGAUACUCCCAAUGAUAGCUAUUAUGAAGGCAGCCAAGGUUCGAAAUUAGACUCUUUUGUUGUGGAAAUCAUGAGGUUAUUUGGGAAAAAUGACAACCUUGACCAAAAGAGAUAUGCCCAUGUAAAAGAUAUCCUGGUUGAGGUCUCUAAUCAUGCUACAAAAUCUCAUAAUUCUCUUAAGAAAAGUUAUAAAGAGAUAAAGGAGAAUUAUGAUCUCACUGAGAGAACCUUGAAGCAGCGGGAGAACGAGCUUAUUCAAGCUGCUAAGCAUAACAAGUCUUUGAAUAUGCAGAUUGAGAAGUUAGAACAUCACUUGAAUGGGCUCAACCAAGUUGUCCAACAGCAAAGCCUCUCAAAGGAAGCUUUUGAGAUGCUCAAAGAGUCUAACAGAAGAAUUGAGGAAGACAAUAAGUACCUCAAAGAGCUAAUCGAUAAUCAGAAAAGACAGUAUGAAGAGAAAGAAAUAGUUUGGAGCCGAGAACUAAUGACUCUUAAGAAGUUGUUUGACACUCAAAGAGGGUUCGGGUCUCAAAAAUCUCAUUUUUCAGAGCAAGAAGCUGACACACAAAGUUUACAGAGAAACUCUCCUCUUUUGAACACACCUGAGAGAGUGAAUAAGGAGAAUAAUGUUAACCAGACUAAUACAGUUGGGAGGAGUGAUUAUGUCACUCUCCACCAUCCAGAGUCUGUCUCCUCAAAGCAUAGUGAAGUGAACAUGAGUAGGCAAGCCUUUGAUAAUUUCAUAAAUGGCAGUGAAAUCAUGAAAAAUGAGAUUCUGAAAUAAAGACUAAAAUUCAAUAUAUAA